AUGGUUGCCAGCAAGAGCAAUGGCAGCAGCAACACGACGUGGCGGUGCGGGUCGUGCAACGUCAAGAAUGGAGCGAAGUACAAGUACUGCUGGAAGUGCUGGGCUGCACGCCCGACAGCAGCAGCCGCAGGAUCUUCCAGCGCGGCGGCAGGAGAGGCCUCCGAGGACAAAUGCCACGACGAGAAGCUCAGGAAGGUGCAGCACUACCGUGCCAAGCUGGCCGAGCUUAGAAAACUCACCGAGGACCCGUUCCUGGAGGAAUCACUGCAGCCGCAGGUGGCACAGCUCAAGGACAAGCUCGCCGCCGAGCAGGAGCAGAGGGACGCGCUCGAAGAGAAGCUUGCCGAGGAGAAGAGCAAGCUGGGCAAGUUCGACAGCAAGCUCGAGACCCUGGACAACAAGAUCAAGGAACUGUCCGUCCCCGCCCCAGGGAAGGGAUGGGCGGCAGCGCUCGCCUUCCUGGAGCAGGCGGAGCGCUGCCUCGGCGACGACGGGAGCGAGAAGCGGGAGCAGCUUGUCGCCGCCGUCGCCCACGCCAAGGAGCAGAAGGCACAGGAAGAGGAGCGGGCCAAGCAGCACGCCGAGCGCCUCCAGCAGAAGGCCAGGCGCGCAGCCAAGGAGCGGGCUGGCAGCGCCGACAACCGCAAGCGCAGCUGCCCCGAGAGCCCCAUCAAGGAGGAGCUCCUCGAGAUCCCCGCGGGCGCCAGCGAGCAGGACAUCUGCAAGGCGCUCGUCGACGUGGGGGUCACGCCCGACCAGGGGCGACUCGCCGUGUACACGGUCAACGCCAACAUGGUGAGCUCGCUGGAGCCAGUGAGGAAGCAGAUCAGGGACAGCUACCAGGACGCCAUCGUCCCGGGCCAGGAGCUGCAGGCCAGCGGCACGCAGAUCGACCUUCCCCGGACCCGCAUGCGCAGAGAGGGCUGGGACAUCGGUCUAGUGAGCAGCGCGAAGACCACAGCUGGCCACAGCGCUGGAGUUUUGAGAGCGACGCCACGGAGUAGGGGUAUGGACUUCGUGCGCAAGGGGAUCAACCAGUGGGACAUCAGCCCGCGAGAGUCCAAGGGGAGACUCGCCGUGGCCUGGGUCGACGCACACAGCAAGGAGGGGCUCAUGCUAGGUGCCGCGUACAUGUGGAACAGCAGGGGCCCCACGCAGAGAAACCAGCGUAUCCUGGCCAAGUGGGGCGCAGCCACGAAUGUGAUCCAGAAGGAGAGGAUCCUCGAUGGCGACGGCAAGAUGGACCCAGAGGUGCUGGAGCAGUCCGAGAUCGUCCGCAAGAUGAACGGCGUCAUCGUGCGUGACACUCAGCAGGACAGCUGCCUGAAGCAGGAUGGCACGACCAGCGCGCGCGACUACUUCAGAGUCUCGCGCGGCUUGGCGGCGCACACGCUCAAGGUAGAGGUCCAAGAUGGAGACAACAUGUCGCCGCACUUGCCCGUCAGGACGAGGGUCCCAGUGCACCAGCAGAGCGACUACAUGAGGAAUGUGCUGUGCAAGCGGACGCCACGGCCGCUGACGCGGCCAAGGGGCUGCCCCUCGCAGCCAGUGCGAUGGCCAAGGCCGCUCGCACACAGGAAGUACACUAAGAGCCAGAUCGACGGCCACUGGAGCGAGCUCGGCGAGGCAUGCGAGAAGCACCUCAGCAGGUACCACAGCUUCGAGGGCGACGACUGGAGCAAGCGACAGGGCCACUUCGAGCAGGCCAACUGCAAGCAGAAGCCGUGCAGGCUCAUGCCCUGCACCGCGGCACAGGAGCAGCCACUCAUCCACGACAUCGUCAUGCCACUGUUCGCGGAGCGGGCACCUGGGCAGAAGGUCGAGGCAAGCUACGACACGGACGAGGAGGACGGGCUGCUGGAGUCUGAGGACGCCCCUCGGGAGGAGGCGGAAGGGGUACAGGACCGCUUCGCGGCCAGAGCGCCUCCCACCGAGGGCCAGCAGAGCCCCAAAAUUUGGAAUGCGAUUCACUGGCCGUUCAUCGUGCACACGCUGCGAGACGGGCGAGUCACAGACAUCGACGAGUGCGCCCAGAACUACCUGGGCCUCAUUGCCACGCUGCUGGACCCCGCCAGCAGGAGGUACUGGAAGAUGGUGCACCGAGCGGCCGCAGCGCAAGGGCGGCAGUGGGUCACCACGCACGGAGAGCGAGGAGCAGAGGGCGCGGAGGGCAAGGCGAUCACCAUGGCCUCGACCACCGCGCGGCAGGUGCGAGGGCCCGCAGGGACCAUCAUCGCCACGGUGCAGAGGCAAUGCAUCAGCACGGCCACGGAGAACGGCCUCAUGGGCGACUGGCUGCGCAUACACGGCAAGAAGCACGGCCUGGACAGCGUCGCCGCGGAGCCCAUCGCCGCGCUUCUCAAGAGGCCGCUGAACAAGACGUGGACUCGGGAGUACCAGACACGGGCGCGCAACCUGCGGUGCGACGGAACCUGGCCGCAGCGGCGGGUCCUCGACAAGGGUGCCGCAGAGGACAGCAUCGGCAAGGCCUGCCAUGCGCACGCAGUGACGGACCGCCACAGGACGUACGUGUGCUCAGCCAGGCAGGAUCACAGACGAAGAGUGGGAGGGCACCACAGAUGCCAGCGUGGUGCCAUGACGCGGCCUGGAGCGACGGAGAAGCAGUACGCGACCUCCGAGGCGCUCUGGGUCAGAGGGCUCGCAGCGGAAUCAUCGCUGGAGUACGACCUCUGGAGCCUGCCCUCCUCAUCCACAUGCGAAGUGGGGGGCGCCUUCGACGGCCUCGUGCACGGGGUCAUCUACACAGACGGCUGGGCAGUCGUGAAGCUCGACGGAGAGAUCAUGAUGGAGUUUGAGUUGUUCGGGACACUGGAGGGAUCGCAGCACCACCAGAGCUACAAGAGCGAGCUGGCAGCGGUCCUCCAGGCGGUGCCCCCAGUGCAGGUCUACAGCGACCGCCAGACGCACGACCAGACGACCUACAAGAGCGAGCUGGCAACGGUCCUCCAGGCGGUGCCCCCAGUGCAGGUCUACAGCGACCGCCAGACGGCGAUCGACGGCGUCGCCAGAGUCGUGAAGAUCGACGGAGAGCGCAUGAUGGUCUUUGAGUCGUUCGGGACACUGGAGGGAUCGCAGCACGACCAGACGAUCUACAAGAGCGAGCUGGCAACGGUCCUCCAGGCGGUGCCCCCAGUGCAGGUCUACAGCGACCGCCAGACGGCGAUCGACGGCGUCGCCAGAGUCGCGAAGAUCGACGGAGAGCGCAUGAUGGACUUUGAGUCGUUCGGGACACUGGAGGGAUCGCAGCACGACCAGACGAUCUACAAGAGCGAGCUGGCAACGGUCCUCCAGGCGGUGCCCCCAGUGCAGGUCUACAGCGACCGCCAGACGGCGAUCGACGGCGUCGCCAGAGUCGUGAAGAUCGACGGAGAGCGCAUGAUGGUCUUUGAGUCGUUCGGGACACUGGAGGGAUCGCAGCACGACCAGACGAUCUACAAGAGCGAGCUGGCAGCGGUCCUCCAGGCGGUGCCCCCAGUGCAGGUCUACAGCCGCCGCCAGACGGCGAUCGACGGCGUCGCCAGAGUCGUGAAGAUCGACGGAGAGCGCAUGAUGGUCUUCCAGGCGCACGACCAGACGAUCUACAAGAGCGAGCUGGCAACGGUCCUCCAGGCGGUGCCCCCAGUGCAGGUCUACAGCGACCGCCAGACGGCGAUCGACGGCGACGCCAGAGUCGUGAAGAUCGACGGAGAGCGCAUGAUGGACUUUGAGUCGUUCGGGACACUGGAGGGAUCGCAGCACGACCAGACGAUCUACAAGAGCGAGCUGGCAACGGUCCUCCAGGCGGUGCCCCCAGUGCAGGUCUACAGCGACCGCCAGACGGCGAUCGACGGCGUCGCCAGAGGCCCCGAGCGGGCCGCCAGAGCUGACACGACCCACAAAGAGGUCGGGCAGGAAUGCAGGCUGCUCGUGCAGGAAAACGGCGGGACAGGUGAGCAAGGGAUAAGCCUUUGUAGAGUCCGAGCCCACGCCACUAGGGCCCAAAGAGCCAUGAUAGGGCCCCAGCAGCUCAUUGGGAAUACAAUAGCUGACCUCGACGCAAAGCGUGGGGCGCAAUCGCACCAGCACGAGGCCUACAGGGCCACGUAUGGUUAG